AUGCUGCAGCAGCAAACGCGUGUCCGCAUCGGACAGAGCCUGAGGCAGACCGUGCCGCACGGCCUGCGCGCGGUCCCCGCCCCCCGCGGCAGGAGGAUCGCGCUCCCCCGCCUGCCAUGCGGCCCAGUCCGCUACCGCGAUGAGAAGCAGGACGGCGCCACGCCCGCCUCCGAGGCGGCGCCCCUCAAGGCGCCCGCCCCCGCGCCGGCCGGCGCGCCGGCCACCAACGGCGCCCCCAAGCCCGCCCCCAAGCAGGCCGCUGUCGAUGGCAACGAGGCGACCGCCCGCAUGGCCUACGCCCUAAGCGACGUGUCUUUCAUCUACCCCAUCACGCCCGCCACGCCCAUGGGCGAGCUCUCGGAUCAGUGGGCGGCAGAGGGCCGCAAGAACGUGUUCGGGCACGUCAUGCAGGUCACAGAGAUGGAGUCUGAGGGUGGCGUCGCCGGCGCCCUGCACGGCGCGCUCGCCGCCGGCGCGCUGGCCACCACGUUUACGUGCUCCCAGGGCCUGCUGCUGAUGAUCCCCAACAUGUACAAGAUUGCCGGCGAGCUCAUCCCCUGCGUGCUCCACGUGACGGCGCGCGCCCUCGCUGGCCACGCGCUCAGCAUCUUUGGAGACCACCAGGACGUCAUGGCAGUCCGCCAGACCGGCUGGGCCAUGCUGUGCUCACACAGCGUGCAGGAGGCGCAGGACAUGGCGCUGGUGGCCCACCUGGCCACGCUCAAGGCGCGCGUGCCGUUUGUGCACUUCUUUGACGGCUUCAGGACCAGCCACGAGAUCAACAAGAUCGACCUGAUUGACCCCGAGUCCAUCAAGCCCCUGGUUGCUGAGCUGGCGCCAUACAUCGAGGACCACCGCAAGCGCGCCCUCAACCCGGCGCACCCGCACCAGCGCGGCACGGCCCAGGGCCCCGACGUGUACUUCCAGGGCGUGGAGGCGGCCAACCCCUUCCACCAGGCAGUGCCCGCGCUGGUCCAAGAGGCUUUUGACAAGGUGGCCGCGCUGACGGGGCGCCAGUACCGCCUGUUUGACUACGUCGGCCACCCCGAGGCGGACCGCGUGGUGGUGGCAAUGGGCAGCGGCAGCGAGGUGCUGGAGGCCGCCGUGGAGCACCUCAACAAGCGGGGCCAGAAAGUCGGCCUCAUCAAGGUGCGGCUGUUCCGCCCCUGGUCGGCGGAGCACCUGCUGGCGGCGCUGCCGGCGACGGUGAAGCGCAUCACGGUGAUGGACCGCACCAAGGAGCACGGCAGCGGCGGCGAGCCGCUGCUGCUGGACGUGUCGUCCACCAUCCAGCGCCACAAGCGCGACAUCCAGGUCCUCGUCGGCGGCCGCUACGGCCUCGGAUCCAAGGACUUCACCCCGGCCAUGGGCGUGGCCAUCUUCAACAACAUGGCCGCCCCCGACCCGGCCGCCGUCAAGGACGGCUUUGUGGUGGGCAUCGUGGAUGAUGUCGGCUUCAGCCACCUCAGUGCGGGCGGCGAGCUCGAGGACGCGGUGCCAGAGGGCACCACUGAGGGCAUGGGCUCGGACGGCACCGUGGGCGCCAACAAGGAGGCGGUCAAGAUCAUCGCCGGCCAGGAGGGCAUGCACGCGCAGGCCUACUUUGCCUACGACGCCCACAAGUCGGGCGGCGUGACGACCUCCCACCUGCGCUUCGGGCGCGCCCCCAUCAAGGCGCCCUACCUGGUGGCUGACGCCGACUACAUCGGGGUGCACCAGGCCCAGUACCUAGUAAAGUACGACGUGCUGAGCCGCCUGCGCAAGGGGGGCGUGGUGCUGAUCAACGCGCCCUGGAAGACGCUCGAGGAGGUCGAGGCACACGUGCCCGAGCGCGUGAAGCAGCAGCUGGCGCGCCUGCGGCCGCGGCUGUACACCAUCGACGCCACCAGCGUGGCCAAAGAGGUCGGCCUGGGGCGCCGCACCAACAUGGUCAUGCAGGCCGCCUUCUUCGCGCUGUCGGGGGUCAUGCCCUUGGACCAGGCCAUCCCCCUGCUCAAGGCCAGCAUCAAGAAGGCCUACGGCAAGAAGGGGGACAAGAUCGUCAACAUGAACAACGCCGCCGUAGACGCCGCGCUGGACAAGAUGGUCAGCAUCGACAUUCCACAGGGCUGGCGCUCGGGAGAGGACGCGCAGUCUUUCGUGGGCACCGCCGAGAAGGCUGUGCACAUCACCGGCGCCAGCAGCCCUGGCGACUUCCUCAACCAGGUGGUGAUCCCUAUGCUGGCUAUGGACGGAGACAAGCUGCCAGUCAGCGUGUUCGCCCCCGGCGGCACCUUCCCCCCCGGCACGACCGCCGUCGAGAAGCGCAGCAUCGCGGACGCGGUGCCCGUCUGGGACUCUGCCGCCUGCACGCAGUGCAACAUCUGCGCCUUCGUCUGCCCCCACGCCGCCAUCCGCCCGGCGCUGGCGACGCCCGAUGAGCUGGCGGGGGCGCCCGCGGGCUUUGGCGCCGUGCCCAUCCGCGGCGGCGGGCCGGCGCUCAAGGGCUACCAGUACCGCGUGCAGGUGUCCCCCCAGGACUGCACCGGCUGCGAGCUCUGCGUCAACGCCUGCCCAGACAGCGCGCUGAAGUCGACGCCGAUCGCGGGCGGCCUGUUUGAGAAGGCCACUGUGCGGGGCUCCCAGUUCCAGACCCCCCUGAUGGAGUUCAGCGGCGCCUGCGAGGGCUGCGGGGAGACGCCCUACGUCAAGCUGCUGACUCAGCUCUUCGGCAGGCGCAUGGUCGUGGCCAACGCCACGGGCUGCAGCAGCAUCUGGGGCGGCUCCGCGCCCGCCAACCCCUACACGUGCGACAGCACCGGCCACGGCCCCGCCUGGGCCAACUCCCUGUUUGAGGACAACGCGCAGUUCGGCUUCGGCAUCCGGAUGGGCAUCAAGCAGCGCCGCGAGGCGCUGGCGGCCGCCGCCGAGGUGGUCGUCUCGCAGGGCGUGGGGUCUGAGGAGCUGCGCGCGGCGCUGGGGGAGUGGCUCAAGGUCAAAGAGAACGGCGCCCUCGCCGCCACCGCCGGCCGCGCCGUCGAGGCGGCGCUCGGCGCGCUGCCGGCCGCCGCGCGCGGCGACGUCGCCACCGCCGGCGGCGCGGCGCUGGCGCACGUGGCGGGCAACGUGGAUCUGCUGGACAAGCCCAGCGUCUGGAUUAUUGGCGGCGACGGCUGGGCGUACGACAUCGGCUUUGCUGGGCUUGACCACGUGUUCAGCACCGGGGAGGACGUCAACAUCCUGGUGCUGGACACUGAGGAGUACUCCAACACAGGGGGCCAGAAGUCCAAGUCCACCCCGCUGGGCGCCGUGGUGAAGUUUGCUGCGGGCGGCAAGGCGCGGCCCAAGAAGGAGCUGACCCAGAUGGCCAUGAUGUACCCCGACACGUACGUGGCCAGCGUCUGCCUCGAGGCCAACUACAACCAGGUUGUCAAGGCGAUGACCGAGGCGGAGGCGCACCCCGGCGUGUCGCUGGUGGUGGCCUACGCCCCCUGCGCCCUGCAGGGCCCCGAGGGCGGCAUGAGCAAGUCCCAGACGGACGCCCGCAUGGCCGUCGAGACCGGCUACUGGCCGCUCUUCCGCUACCAGCCCGCGCCCCACGUCGCGGGCGGCAACGGCGACGGCGGGGAGGCGCCGCGGGCGCAGCUGGUGCUGGACAGCAAGAAGCUCAAGCCGGGGCUGGAGGAGUUCCUGGACCGCGAGAACAGGUUCACCAUCCUGACGCGCAAGGACCCCGCGGCGGCUGAUGAGUUGCACCACCAGCUCGACGACGCCAUCCACGCGCGCCACGAGAGGCUGACCAGGAUGGCAGCAGAGUCAAAGAAGGCCGCCCCGCAGCCGCCGCCCGCGGCGCCCGAGCAGCAGUAG